AGGGAAAAAUGUCGUUCCUUACGCGUGCAAUGACCGGUAGUGUUUUGUACAUGACGAACAAUUGUUAUUGCAAAUUGACUCAAAAUUGCGCCCAAGUGAAGUUUCACAGAAAAAACUUUUCCAAAACUUUCAUUGAAAAUGAAUGGUGGUGUAGUGCUCGUUUCAUGUGUUCAGGUGCGCCCGAGCCAACAAAUAAAACAGGUUCAUACGUUGUUUAUGACAAACUGAUAGCACAAAGGAGAGCAGAAGCUCAAAGAUCGAUUGUUAUUCAAGUACUGUCCUACAAUUCUUGUGCUGAUGUAUACACAUAUUGUUCACAAUUUGGAAGUAUAAACAAAAUAUUUCAUUACUCAAUUAAUUCUGGAGGGGAAAAGCAAAACUUGGUUCUCAUUGAGUUUGAGGAAAAACAGCAUGUAGAUGCUAUUAUGUCCUCCUCAACACAUGUAAAUUACGAGCAAGCAAUCCCAACUAAUACAUCACUCUUGUGGUUUCGCAAUCUUGUACACUCAAAGACAAAAGUCAAGAAUGUUCCUCCAGAACAAAUAAAACUCACAAAAAAUUCUAUAAAAACAGCAGAUAGUGGUGAAAUAACAAAAAAAUUACUUUGUUCCGAAUCGAUUUCUGAUCAAAUUUUGACACUGUAUAACACUAUAAAGUUGAAUGAUGCUGGCACAAGACUAAGGUUUCACACAGCUUAUCAAAUUGAGCACUGUUUUAGCAACUUAUUCCCAAACAUAGCAGUUCUUCCAUUUGGUUCAUCAGUGAAUGGCUUUGGAAAACAAGGUUGUGAUUUGGAUUUAUGCUUAGUCUUGGAUGAAAAUUCAAUGGAAAAACCUACCAGUAGAUUAGUGUUUCAAACUAAAUCUAUUUCUUUAUAUGACAGACAACAAGUAAAAAGAUUAAUGGAAGUACUUGCCCAAACGAUUAAUUUAUUUUUGCCAGGAGUCUCUAAUGUGAAAAAAAUAUUAGAAGCAAGAGUUCCCAUAAUUAAAUUUGAUCAUUCUUUAUGUGGAAUUCAGUGUGAUCUUGCAGUAUCAAACAUGACAGCUUAUUACAUGUCUGAAUUGCUGUACAUAUUUGGUGAAACGGAUCCUAGAGUGAGACCGCUUACUUUUGUCAUACGAAAGUGGGCAGACAGUCUACAUUUAAUUAAUAAAACUUCACCUGGUCCAUGGAUAUCAAAUUUUUCGCUGACCCUGAUGGUAAUUUUUUUUUUGCAACAAAGGAACAUUUUGCCCUCUAUCAACGCACUGAAAUCAAAAGCUUGUAAGGACGAUAUUCGAGUAGCAGACACCUAUGUAGAUUGUACCUUUCUUCGAAAUAUCGAACAAAUUCCUAAAAGCACCAAUACAGACUCUUUAGAAGAGCUUCUUGUGGACUUCUUUACGUAUUACACCAAAUUUGAUUUUAAUACGAAUGCCAUAUCUUUGAGGAUAGGCAAGCCUAUAAAAAAAUCGGAACGUACUCCUUUGUACAUAUGUAAUCCACUGGAGACGAAUUUGAACGUUAGUAAAAACGUGAGCAGUGAACAACUAGAUCGCAUCAUGAUGUCCAUGCAAAAUGCACUUUAUCAUUUGGAAUUCCAUUCAAAUGAGCGCAAUGAUCAAUGGGGCUUAAUAGGCUUAUUUUUAAUGAAUCAAACCAACUUCAUAGAAAACACGAGAAAGAAAAAACUCUUAAACUUCAAAGAACUGUUUGAAAAAGAUAACGAUGUGCUAACUACCUCGUGAUUAUUACUG